ACAAAGCCACGGACCCAAGUGUGUCAGACCAGGACUGGCCGGCUCUGCAGAACUUCUGCGAGCAGGUGAACACCGACCCCAGUGGCCCAACACAUGCGCCCUGGCUGCUGGCCCACAAGAUCCAGUCCCCGCAAGAGAAGGAAGCUCUUCAUGCCUUGACUGUGCUGGAGAUGUGCAUGAUCCACUGCGGGGAGAAGUUCCACGGCGAGGUGGCCAAGUUCCGCUUUCUGAACGAGCUGAUCAAGGUGUUAUCGCCCAAAUACCUGGGGGCCUGGGCCACAGAGAAAGUUAAAGCAAGAAUUAUUGAGAUACUCUUUAGUUGGACUGUGUGGUUUCCGGAAGACAUCAAGAUCCGCGAUGCCUACCAGAUGCUGAAGAAGCAAGGAAUCAUAAAACAAGACCCUAAACUACCAGUGGAUAAAAUCUUACCCCCACCUUCGCCCUGGCCCACCAGCUCCAUCUUUGAUGAUGAAGAAAAGUCCAAGCUUCUGAAUCGACUGCUGAGGAGCAGCCACCCUGAGGACCUGCAGGCUGCAAACCGGCUGAUCAAGAGCUUGGUCAGGGAGGAGCAGGAGAAGUCAGAGAAGGUGUCCCGGAGAGUCAGCGCAGUGGAGGAGGUGCGGAGCCACGUGAAAGUGCUGCGGGAGAUGCUGAGCACAUACCGCACGCCCGGGCAGGCCCCGCCGGACCAGGAGGCCUUGCAGGUCGUGUACGAAAGGUGUGAGCGGCUGCGGCCCACGCUGUUCCGGCUGGCAAGUGACACCAUGGAUGAUGACGACGCGCUUGCGGAGAUUCUCCAGGCAAAUGACCUCCUCACUCAGGGAGUUCUGCUGUACAAGCAGGUGAUGGAAGGUCCUGUCACCUUUGGGAAUACAGUGACUAGCUCGGCGGGAGAUACAUCUGUCUCCAGAGUCUUUCAGAGUCCCUCAGGCUGUGUGAAGCACUCCCCCCUGAUUGACCUGGACGCAGACAGUGGCCCUGAGCAGGCUGGGCCUGUGGCACCGUCCUUGCUUCAUCAGGACCUGGCAGCCUUAGGGAUCAGUGACACUCCCAUCCCGUGUGAGGUUGCUGGUCAGAAAUGCUGUAAGGAAAAGGAGAAUCCCACCGCCAGUGUGCUGCCCGGCGGAAGCGCGCACAGCCCUUCUGCAGACAGGAGCUUGCUGGACCUCCUGUCCCCACAGCCUUCUAGGGGCCCUCUGAAUUAUGUUCCCCAGAAAAGUAUCCCCAAGGAAGUGCCGCCGGGCACCAAGUCAUCUCCGGGUUGGUCCUGGGAGGCCAGCCCUUCGACAUCUUCCCCGGCCUCCCAGAACACACCGCUGGCGCAGGUGUUUGUCCCUUUGGCGUCUGUGAAGCCCAGCAGCCUGCCUCCUGUGAUCGUCUAUGACCGGAACGGCUUCAGAAUUCUGCUCCACUUCUCGCAGACUGGGGCGCCUGGCUACCCAGAGGUGCAGGUGUUACUGCUGACCAUGAUGAGCACCGCCCCCCAGCCCGUGUGGGACGUCGUGCUUCAGGUGGCUGCGCCCAAGUCAAUGCGAGUGAAGCUGCAGCCAGCGUCCAGCUCCAAGCUUCCUGCGUUCAGCCCGUUGCUGCCGCCUGCCGUGAUCUCUCAGGUGUUGCUGCUCGACAAUCCACACAAAGAACCCAUCCGUUUACGGUAUAAGCUGACAUUCAACCAGGGUGGACAGCCCUUCAGUGAAGUGGGAGAAGUGAGAGACUUUCCCGACCUGGCGCUGCUGGGUGCAGCCUGACUGCCCGAGGUGGACCUUGAAGCCAGGCUCAGCCCCCGUUCUCGGGCUGCCCCGCUGGGACUUGCUGAUUUUGUGCCGUGCCAAGCGUUCUGUCCUGAUGUCAGGCCCCGAGGGCCAGCCUCUGCCCGUUCUGCAGAUCCAGUGCCUGUGUGUUGUGGGUGGGGCGUGGGCAGUGUGGAGCCGCCGGAGCAACCCCGAUGAGCAUCUCCCCGCCACCCUCCUCCUGCACGUUGGUAGGCACUGGUGUCCCUGCCUCAGGUUGGAGGUUUUAUAAGCCAAAGUUUUUUCAUGUCUUGUUACCUGUUUGUUCAUCCACUCUGUGCCUUGUCAGCCCUUGAAAGUCUCGGUCAUUGCCAGGCUGCUGUUCUCAGGGACCUCACUAGGGACUGCUUGGUCCUGGGCAGCGAGUGUCACCGAGGUACGCUCUUCCAUGAUAGACCUUGUCUCCGUGUUCGUUCAGCAGUGCCUCUCCGCGUGCCACACAUCUCCCAAGCGGGAUGCUGGAUGCACCUUUUCCAGCGGAGGGGCUGCUGCACCCCCUGCAGCCCACCAGGCGAGCCCCCAUGCCCUUCACCACUGUGCCUCGAGUUGCCCCCGACGGCCACACCUAGGCCAGGUCCCCUGGGUGGACAGCCCGCCUGGGCCCUUCCUCGAGACCCCGUCUGUCCUCAUCCUCUGUCCUUGCAAGCAUUUUCGCACAUCUCUGUGGGACACCGUGGUAGCCACAAGGCAGCCCUUGCCUGUUGACUUCCCAGUGCGAGGUGGGGACUCCGAUGGAGGCAGGCAUGAAGAGAGUCCCGCCGCGACUUAAGUGGUCUCGGAUGGAGUGACUGUAGGUGGUCACAGAAUAAAUGCCAUGUGGCCAGUC